AUCUAGACUGUAACUAUAUCAUUGGACCUCGUAAACCCGACACUAAAAGCUCUUGUCCUAUAAAUCAUUUCUCAAAUUAUGAGUUCAUUGUAUUAUGCGAACGCAUUGUUUUCCAAAUAUCAAGUGGCGAGUUCAGUCUUAUCUACUGGUGCAUUCCCCGAUCAAACUUCUUGCUCCUUUGCGACCAGUUCCCAGCGGGCCAGCGGCUUCGGCUCGACUUCCACCGGUGCACCGGUCUCCUCAUCUUCCUCCCUGUCGACCAUGUACACAAACGGUGUUAGUCUUUCCAGACAGAGCCAAGGCAUGUACCCCUCUACGUAUGAACUGGGUGUCGUCUCUUUGAACAUGCACAGCUCUCUGUUUGAUCAACCGAAUCUGCCCAUGGGGUGCACUGGCGAUAUCUCUAAAACGCAAAGCAGUGGUAAGGCAGAGCAGAGAGGCUACAAUCAAAACAACGACGACAACCUCCGGAUCUAUCCAUGGAUGAGAACUACAGGUGUGGACCGGAAGAGAGGUCGCCAGACAUAUUCGCGCUAUCAAACACUAGAAUUGGAGAAAGAGUUCCACUUCAAUCGUUAUCUUUCACGGAGACGGCGCAUCGAGAUCGCACACACACUUUGCUUGACCGAACGCCAGAUCAAAAUCUGGUUUCAAAACAGAAGAAUGAAAUGGAAGAAAGAAAACAAAUCUGCGGCCCCCUGCUCUCCUGCUACUGACCAAAUCGGGGUUGACGAGGAAGAGGAAGAUGAGUAGCGACGAGCAAGAGACAAGACUGUGCUAUAAAAUUGGAAGAGGAAUUCGACCUGCUUUAAAGGAAUAUUCUGGGUUCAAUACAAGUUAAACUCAAUCGACAGCAUUUGUGGCAUACUCUUGAUUACUACAAACAUUUAUUUGACUUGCCUUUCCUUUUCUUUGAAAUAAUAAUACUAAUACUAAUAAUACAAAUCUCUGGUUAUAGUAAGGUACUGACAAUGGAAGUAAAUGACGGCCAAUUUAUGAAUGUUAAAAUACAAACAUUUUCAAAGUAUAGACACAAGAAAUAAACAAUAUGCGUGUUAACAUGAUUUUAGUGUGGUAACAUCACUUACUAACUUAUUCUAUGUAAAAGUAUAGCCAAUUUUACAACUUCGUUGCCAUGACGAUGUAAGGUAAACCCUUCAAUUCUAAAAUUACUAUUUAAACUUUACAGCUUAAAUACAAAAUUAGUUUUAACAGAAGAAUUCAAAGUGAUUUGAAAAUUAUAAGCUUCACAUUUCUGCCACAUUUCUUCACAUUUCUGCUUAUUUUUUAUUUAAAAAACGAGUCUAAAUAUUUUUUUGUGGUAAUCAACGUUAUGCCAGGACUGCUGUCGAUUGCACUUAACUCGUAUUGAACCUGGAACUUUCCUUUAAUGCAUGACGAAAAAGAUGCUACCUACCACUACAGUGUAACAAAGUUAAUGUAGAAACCGUGUACUUGUAUUGAACUUGUAUUAAUGUUAGACACUAGUAAAAUGAAAUAUUGUCUAUCUAUUGAAAACAUAUAUUUGUGGCUUAUUUCUUUCGGUCCUUUUACAUAGAUCAAACACAGAAGGGAGAAAGCAGAACCAUUUAUAUAUAUACAUAUAUAUAUUUUUUAUAGUUAAGAUUUUGACAUACCGCUUUCCUGUAUGUAUAUAAUUUUGUCUUGUGAUUUUCUUCCUGUUCAUAUUUCGCACAAGUAUUGAAAUAAACGAAGUGAAGAGUA